AAGAAGAGACCUUCUUUUGUUUUGGAUUCCUAAAUGUACACAGUGAUGGAUGUUAAACUUCUUUUUUAUUGAUUGCUUUUUGUAUAAGGGAUUCUAUUUUUAUACGCUUUUUUGUAUGUGUAUAUUUUUAGCCUCUCGUAGAAGAAACAAUUCCUAAUCUUCACAGCCCACCAACCACCAGCACCUCAGCCCUAAACAGCCUGGUAGUCUCUUGUGCAUCUGCUGUUGGUGUGAGAGUGGCUGCUACGUAUGAAGCUGGGGCCUUGUCUCUUAAGAAAGUGAUGAACUUUUAUAGUACAGCCCCGUGUGAAACUGGAGCUCAGGCAGGCGGUAGUUCCAUAGGCCCAGAAGGCCUGAAAGAUAGCAGAGAAGAACAGGUUAAACAGGAAUCGAUGCAAGGAAAGAAAAGUUCAAGUCUAGUGGAUAUCAGAGAAGAGGAAUCAGAGGGAGGCAGUAGAAGACUCUCCCUCCCUGGAUUGUUGUCACAAGUUUCGCCUAGGCUAUUAAGAAAAGCUGCUCGGGUGAAAACGAGGACUGUGGUUCUGACCCCCACGUAUAGUGGAGAAGCAGAUGCUCUCCUGCCUUCCUUGCGAACAGAGGUGUGGACCUGGGGAAAAGGGAAGGAAGGGCAGCUGGGGCAUGGCGAUGUUCUGCCCAGGCUUCAACCACUGUGUGUAAAGUGUCUAGAUGGUAAAGAAGUGAUCCAUCUGGAGGCAGGUGGCUACCAUUCUCUUGCACUUACUGCAAAAUCUCAGGUUUACGCAUGGGGCAGCAAUACCUUUGGCCAACUUGGGCAUUCCGAUUUCCCAACAACAGUCCCUCGUCUUGCAAAGGUUAAUAGCGAAAAUGGAGUGUGGAGUGUAGCUGCAGGCCAGGAUUAUUCUCUGUUUUUGGUGGAUACAGAAGACUUCCAGCCUGGGUUAUAUUACAGUGGCCGACAGGACCCUCCAGAAGGUGACAGCCUUCCAGAGAAUCACAGCGGUACUAAGACUCCAGUACUUCUCUCCUGUAGUAAGCUUGGAUAUAUAAGCAGAGUGACAGCAGGAAAAAGUAGCUAUCUAGCCUUGGUGGAUAAAAACAUUAUGGGGUACAUUGCCAGUCUCCACGAGUUGGCUACUUCGGAAAGACGGUUCUAUUCCAAAUUAAGUGAUAUCAAAUCUCAGAUUCUCAGGCCUCUUCUUAGUUUAGAAAACUUGGGCACUGCGAACACAGUCCAGCUGUUGCAGGAGGUCAAGUUGUGUUACCUAAUUGGUCAGCAUGGAGCCUCACUGAGCAGCUUUCUUCAUGGGAUAAAGGAAGCCAGGAGUUUGGUCAUUCUGAAGCAUGCAAGUCUCUUCUUGGAUAGUUACACAGAGUAUUGUACAUCUAUUACAAAUUUCCUGGUCAUGGGAGGAUUCCAGCUUCUUGCUAAACCUGCCAUUGAUUUCCUAAAUAAAAACCAAGAGCUGUUGCAAGAUUUAUCAGAAGUGAAUAAUGAAAACACCCAGUUGAUGGAAAUCCUGAAUACUUUGUUUUUCUUGCCAAUCAGGCGACUUCAUAGCUAUGCAAAAGUUCUGCUAAAGCUUGCUACUUGCUUUGAAGUGACAUCUCCAGAAUAUCAGAAACUGCAGGAUUCCAGUUCUUGUUAUGAGUCUCUUGCUCUCCAUCUCGGCAGGAAAAGGAAGGAAGCAGAGUACACACUGGGUUUCUGGAAGACCUUUCCUGGAAAAAUGACGGACUCCUUGAGGAAGCCAGAGCGCCGGCUGCUGUGUGAGAGCAGUAACCGAGCCCUGUCUCUGCAGCAUGCUGGAAGGUUUUCUGUGAAUUGGUUCAUCCUCUUUAAUGAUGCCCUGGUCCAUGCCCAGUUUUCCACACACCACGUUUUCCCUUUGGCCACACUGUGGGUGGAGCCACUUUCUGAAGAGGCUGGUGGUGUGAAUGGCUUAAAGAUAACUACACCUGAGGAGCAGUUCACUCUGGUUUCCUCAACGCCCCAGGAAAAGACUAAGUGGCUACGGGCUAUAAGCCAAGCUGUGGAUCAGGCUCUGAGGGGGUUAUCUGACCUCCCACCUUCUGGAAGUGGCGGCAGUGUUCAGAGGCAGGAGCCGCCCAUCUCACGCAGUGCCAGAUACACUUUCUACAAGGAUCCUCGCCUAAAAGACGCAACCUACGAUGGACGCUGGCUCUCAGGGAAGCCUCAUGGCAGAGGGGUUUUGAAGUGGCCUGAUGGAAAGAUAUAUUCUGGCAUGUUCAGGAAUGGCUUGGAAGAUGGGUAUGGAGAAUACAAAAUCCCAAACAAGGCACUGAACAAAGAAGACCAUUAUGUGGGCCAUUGGAAAGAAGGAAAGAUGUGUGGUCAAGGAGUCUAUAGUUAUGCCUCUGGUGAAGUAUUUGAAGGCUGUUUUCAAGAUAACAUGCGUCAUGGCCAUGGUCUCCUACGAAGCGGAAAAUUGACUUCCUCUUCCCCCAGUAUGUUCAUUGGCCAAUGGGUAUUGGAUAAGAAAGCAGGAUAUGGUGUCUUUGAUGAUAUCACUAGGGGGGAAAAGUAUAUGGGGAUGUGGCAAGAUGAUGUUUGUCAAGGGAACGGGGUGGUAGUCACCCAGUUUGGAUUAUACUAUGAAGGCAACUUCCACCUUAAUAAAAUGAUGGGAAAUGGAGUUUUACUUUCCGAAGAUGAUACUAUCUAUGAGGGAGAAUUUUCAGAUGAUUGGACUCUUAGUGGAAAGGGAACACUGACUAUGCCAAAUGGAGAUUACAUUGAAGGUUAUUUUAGUGGAGAAUGGGGGUCUGGUAUAAAAAUCACUGGAACCUACUUCAAACCUAGUCUGUAUGAGAGUGAUAAAGACAAACCCAAAGUUUUGAAGCUUGGAAACCUGUCAGUGCCAGCCGAUGAGAAGUGGAAAGCAGUGUUUGAUGAGUGCUGGCGCCAGCUGGGCUGUGAGAGCCCAGGCCAAGGGGAAGUUUGGAAAGCUUGGGACAACAUUGCUGUGGCCUUGACCACCAAUCGGCGUCAGCACAGGGACAGUCCAGAAAUAUUAAGUCGUUCACAGACUCAGACCCUAGAGAGUUUGGAAUUCAUCCCACAGCAUGUUGGUGCCUUCUCAGUGGAAAAGUAUGAUGACAUCAAGAGAUAUUUAAUAAAGGCUUGUGACACCCCGAUGCACCCUCUGGGCAGGCUGGUGGAGACGCUGGUUGCAGUGUAUAGGAUGACAUAUGUGGGUGUGGGAGCUAACCGCCGGUUAUUGCAGGAGGCUGUCAAGGAAAUAAAGUCCUAUCUUAAGCGGAUUUUCCAGCUAGUAAGGUUCUUAUUUCCCGAGCUUCCUGAAGAGGGCAGCACAAUUCCUCUCUCUGCUCCUCUGCCGACUGAAAGGAAAUCCUUUUGUACUGGGAAGUCAGAUUCUAGAUCUGAAUCACCAGAGCCAGGUUAUGUAGUAACAAGUUCCGGAUUGCUGCUUCCUGUGCUGCUCCCUCGGCUCUACCCACCACUGUUCAUGCUUUACGCUUUGGAUAACGAUCGUGAGGAAGACGUUUACUGGGAAUGUGUCCUGCGACUGAAUAAGCAGCCAGACAUUGCUCUCCUGGGCUUUCUUGGGGUGCAGAGAAAAUUUUGGCCAGUGACCUUGUCAAUCCUUGGAGAGAGUAAAAAGGUUUUACCAACCACAAAAGAUGCAUGUUUUGCCUCAGCGGUAGAAUGUCUGCAGCAGAUCAGCACAACCUUUACCCCAUCAGACAAACUCAAGGUCAUUCAACAGACCUUUGAGGAGAUCUCUCAGAGUGUCCUGGCGUCACUCCAAGAAGACUUCUUAUGGUCCAUGGAUGACUUGUUCCCUGUUUUCUUAUAUGUGGUGCUACGGGCCAGGAUUAGGAAUUUAGGCUCUGAGGUACACCUUAUUGAGGAUCUGAUGGACCCCUAUCUUCAGCAUGGGGAACAAGGAAUAAUGUUUACCACCCUGAAGGCUUGUUACUACCAGAUCCAGCGUGAGAAGCUUAACUAGGCUGCAGAAGAGCUGAAAACUGGAUUAUCUACUGUAGAGUAUUAAUGGUACCAUCUGGAGUCUUUCUGUAGUGGCAAAGGAGUGGUGUUGAAAUUAGAAAGGACUCUGUAUUAUUUUUGUUGUAUUUUUGAGCCUUAUUAAUAAUAAUCAGAACCCUGAGCCCAGAAAGAAGACAAGACUGUAGAAUUUGAAGGAAAGAUCGAAAAGAAAAGGAGAUAGAGAUCAUAUUUACCAUUGGAGAGAACAUCUUCCUUCCCACGGUAAAGCACAGGUUGGCUACAUGAAGUUACGGAAAAGUUCCCAGUAUAGUCUCUUACAUUAAAGAAGUUGAUGAAUAUUUU